AAUACGGGGAAAAGCUACCUAGAUUACUCUUAACAGAACUCAAAAUAAUGUAAAGUAUUUUCUUAUCAUAAAAGUAAGGUAGCCUUAUUAUGAUGCAAAACUGUACAUUUUUUUCUUUUUAUAAUCAAGGAAAGAACCUUUGAGGAGCACAUAUUCUGUCACCAUUUGUAUCAAUCAAGCAAAAAGCUUUACCUGAAAUGGGGAAAAUAUGGACUGAAGUCUGCCUGAUUUCUGCCAGGGGGUUACGACAAACAUCAUCUUUGUGGAAGCUGCAAUGGUAUGAUGUUGGAUGGAUUGAUCCAAACAACAAGUACUGUUCCAAGAUUGAUUCUUCACGCAGUGCAAAUCCUGUUUGGAAAACCAAAUUUUCAAUGUUAGUUGACACUUCUGAAUUAGAUGCUCUCCAUAUUGAAGUUUACAGUAGAGAGCCCAUUUUUCUUAGAGAAAAGCUCCUGGGAACAGCUACUGUGAUUUUGAAAGAAUUUCUGGACAAGUACAAUAACAACUCUGAGAUUUCAAAGCCUGUUGAAAAGGUGGGGAGCUUUCAAUUGCGGAGAAACAACUCGAAUAAACCUCAGGGAUUUGUUGAUGUAUCGAUACGAAUUUCAGAGGAAAGAGAAGAACCAAGUUCACUCCCAGAUUUACUAGGUGACAAUGAGGGAUUUAAGCUUGCAGAUAACAACAGUGGCUUCAACUUGGCUAAUGGAUAUAAACCUGCACCAGAAUACCCACAACAACAAGCCUUGACCCCUGCUCAACUGCAGGGAAACCAACCACAGCCAAAUCACCAAUAUGCACGUCAAGUACCGUGUGCUACAAAUUAUUCCCACCCAUCGGUGGGGGGAACGAGUAUGCCACAAAGUGGAACUGCAGCAGCACGAAAUGCAAGACCUGGUUUUGGAAUGGGAGUAGGUGCUGGGGCAUUACCAGCUGGUGCUGUGAUAUUUGGAGAGGAUUUCAUGUAUGGUUUUGAUAUUCCUCGUGGUUUACCGGAUCCCUCUCUCACCAUAUCUCUUGAACCCCCUUUCUGAAGAUGGAAUACCAUCUAUUGUCUUAUGAUGCAUACAAUGGGAUAUUGUAAAAUUAAUAUGCUUUCCGCACUUGUAAGGGUAAGGUCUGCGUACACACUACCCUCCACAGACCCCACUAGUGGGAUUUUACUGGGUUGUUAUUGUUGUUUCAGUUUGUAGCUGCAAAUCACGGGCUUCUUGUAAAACUGCAGAGGUUUCAGCUACUAUGAAAUAAACUGAAGUACAAUUUUACAAGUCUCAAUAUACAUGUAUUGUAUUACAUCAUAGAACUUUGUCAUAGUCUCAAGGAUGAUCAAAGAAAUAGAUGUUUACCUGCACAAAUUAGCAGCUACCUAUAGGUGUUCAUAGGAUU